AUGGAAAAGAAAUCUAAGAUCAAAAAGGAUGCUGAAGAAUCAAGUGAGAAGGAAAAGAAAUUAACAAACGUCGAGAAACGAUUCUACGAGUUGGAAAUUGCUGGAAUCUACAGAAAAAUCGAAAAUAUUCAUGCUCGCAAUAAAGAAGUUGAAAGACAAAAUAAAGAACUUGAAAGGAAAUUAGAAAUUUUCAAAGAAUGUCGCAACGAUCCUUUAGCUCAUCUCAAUCAGGAAGUUAAAGAAAAAGAUAAGCAAGUAUCAGAUCUCGAGAAAAAAAUGAGCAAUCUAGAAAAUUCUGUUAAAAAAGAAACCGAAGAACAUCAAUCGAUGUUGAUUGAUUAUGAUGAGAAAUUUGAAAGAACAGAAAAAGAAUUAUAUAAAGAGAUUGAUAAAUUGGAAAAAGAAUUCAAUUCAAUUCUUGAUUUCAGAAAGCAACGCAAAUCUCUUAUCGAAGAGCUUGAAACUAGAAAUAUUGAAAUGCGUAAAAAAAGCGAGAAAUUGAUGAAUGAAGUAAGACAAAAUGAACUUUCAUUUGAAACUAAAAUGCAUAAAGAAGUCAGAGACAAAAUCUAUGAGAUGUCAACUCAAUUUGCAAAAGAGUUUGAAAUUAAUAUUCCCGAUUCAACUCAACGUUUAAUUCGAGAAAAUGUGAUAUUGAAGAACGCAAUUCAUGAAUUGACUGUUAGAAAUGAUAAAGUUCAAAUUGAAAAUGAGAUUAUUAACGAGGAAAUCGAAAAAACAAUGCAAUCUGAUAAAGUUUUAAUAGAAGAAAUCAAACAACUGAUUCUAACAGGACAACAGCAAGUUGCAACUAUCGAAAACUUAUAUCAACAACAUAAAAAUUUAAAGAAAGAAAAUACUAAAGAAAAAGCAAAUGACGAGAUUAAUAAAGCUCAAGAAAAAUCUAUUGAAUCACAAAAAAAGUCUCACGAAUUGCAACAAAAAAUAAAAAAACUUGAAGAACAAAUCUACGUCAUCAAAAACGAUCUUCAAUUAGAAAAUUAUGACGAGAAAUGUAUUCGUGAAGAUGUCGAGAGAGCAUUUAAAAUUGGAAAGUCAUUGAAAUUAUCGGUGGAAUCUGCUCUAAAGUGUUACAGAGUGAAAGACGAUCCCGACUUUCGUGAAUAUCAACAAAAGAAUAUUUUCUUUGAACUGCUUGCUAUUGCAAAUGAAUUAGAAGAAUGCAGGGAGAGACCAUCAAUUGAAACAAUUCCUUCUAUCAGCGAUUUAUAUGCUGAAAAACUCGAACAGUUCAAUUUACUACACUUGACUAGAGACCUAAAAGAUUCAAAAGAUUUUGUUGCUAAUGUUCCAAUAUUAAGCACUUCAUCAUCAAACAGAGUUUUCUCAACACCAUCAAUUUAUUCUGUUGUAAAUUCAAGCAAAUCGUUUUCAGUCGAUGAAAAAUGUAGCAACUUAAUGGAUCCAGAAACUGCUACUGAAUCUUUACAUUACAGUUCUGAUAGCGAUUCAAAUUUAGAACUUGAAAACAAACCGAACUUUAUACAAAACUUGAUUCAAGAAUCCGAUAAUUUCUCCGAAAUAAUUUCAACUUCAGGAUCUACAAAUCAUUCAUUGAAUCAGAAAUUAUCAAUAUCAAACUCUCAAGCAUCCGAUAAAUUUCAAGAGAAUGAAGAGCAUAAAGAUGGCAGAUCAAGCGAAUCAUACAAAGAAAUGUGA